ACUGUGCCAAGCAGCAAGCCAAUUGCAAUACAGAGUUUUGUUUCAGCAUUGUACUGCGAGGCCCUCAUGCCAAAUUAAAUUCUUUCAGCCGCAAGCUUGCUCUUUCCUGCGCUGGGCUGCAUCGCCGCGUCCCCAUUGUCGUCUUCCCCCAGCAUUUUGCGGUUUGCCACACCAGCAGCAAGGAGGCACACUUUGAUCAGGACCGUCCGUCACCGGCAAUACACUUGCCGAGAUCAAGAUCCAGCUUGCAAUAGGGAAAGAAAGAUGGCACAGAUGGCAUCGUUAUCAAUACCAGCCUCUAUCUUGGAGGAUCCAGCGAUCAAUGCGGCCAUCGAGUCGAUCCUACCCUCGGCGUACAAUUUCGAGAUCCACAAGACGAUUCAUCACAUUCGAACGCACCAAUGUCGAUCGGUCGCGCUCCAAAUGCCAGAGGGCCUGACACUUUGGGCCACUGGUAUUGCGGACAUUCUCGAGCGCUUCAGCGGCGCAGACAUGACCAUCAUGGGCGACGUGACAUAUGGAGCGUGCUGUGUCGAUGAUUACACUGCCUUAGCCUUGGGCUGCGACCUGCUCGUCCAUUAUGGGCACAGUUGUCUCGUCCCAGUUGACCAGACUAAGAUCAAGACUCUGUACGUCUUUGUUGAGAUCAGUGUCGAUCGCUUACAUCUUGCCGAGACGGUCAGAGCAAACUUUCCGAGUGACAAGGAGCACUUCCGACAAACAGUUCUCGGUGCAGAGACUGUUGUGCCAGAAGGAGGCAAGGCUCGCAUUGAGAUAGGCCUGGAAGCUGGACAAGCAGAAAAUUUACAGCACAGCUCAAUUCAAGAGCACACACGAUCGCGACGUUCAACACAUCUUGCACUAGUUGGCACGGUUCAGUUUAUCAACGCCAUCCAGGGACUGAGGGAUGCGCUGGAAGAAAGCGCACCCCAAGGAUCAUUGUUACAACCUGAUAAACCUCUUUUGACAAUCACUGAUGGUACUCAAGAGCCUGAUCAAAAAGCGUACAAUCCGUCUACGUCACCAAGCUUCAGCACCGGGAACUAUAUUAUCACGGUGCCUCAGAUCAAGCCUCUUUCCCCUGGCGAAGUAUUAGGCUGCACCUCCCCCAGGCUGCCUUCAUCCUCAGCGGACCGUGACGGGGUAGACGCGAUAAUCUACCUCGGCGACGGUCGCUUCCACCUCGAGAGUGUUAUGAUCGCCAAUCCCCGGAUACCCGCUUUCCGUUACGACCCGUACACGAAGCGCUUCAUGCGCGAGCUCUACGACCACAAGGAGAUGCGGAGCAUGCGUGGACAGGCUGUGCAGACUGCUAGAACAAGCAUCGAAGCUGUCGCGGACCGAAAAGUCGACGCUCGCGUUGCAGGGAACGCAAAAAACAGGCACGCGGACCCGGCUUGGGCGGUCGUGCUAGGCACGCUGGGACGGCAGGGAUCGACUUCCGUUCUCUCACACAUCCGCUCAAUGCUCGCGAGUGGUGUCUCUGACGAUGCGAAGCAGACCGGAUCAAACAAGUCUUUUGGGAAGGGCGCGGUCCCCUCCAUUCCGAUUUUACUCUCCGAACUCUCACCUCAGAAACUCGCUCUUUUUGGUUCCCACAUUUCGACAUUCGUACAAACUUCAUGUCCACGUCUAUCGAUCGAUUGGGGGAGUGCGUUCGAGAAACCGCUUCUGAGCCCGUAUGAGGCUGCUGUCGCGCUCCGGAAAACGCGCGGGUGGGACGUUAAUGUGGAUGGCCUCGGGAUGAAGCGGAGGCCUCUUCAAACACAGGCGGAGCGAUCCCCUGCAGGCUUGUCGAACGAAGGGUCUGUCGAGCGGGCCACCGAGCAUGUAUCGGAAGGAGAUAUGGAAGGGGACUACCCGAUGGACUUCUAUGCAAAUGACUCUCGAGGUCCAUGGACUCCCCGACACGGUAUGAAUGCACCACGUGCGAAGACUGGCAAGAGCGCAUUAAACCUGGCCAUCCUGAAGCGUACCAAAGCAAGAAUGGCGGAGCAGCGCGCACUAAAUCAGCAACGCGAAGCAGGUACCGCGGCAACCGCAUAGAGGCUCAAAAGAUAUCGCGAAGUUGUAUUUGAUGCUCCUACUAUAUUGUACUCGCGUCAG